AUGGUGAAUUUGGCUGUGUCACGUAUAAAGCAAGAAUUUAAGGAAGUUAUGCGCAGCGAGGAGAUCGAACAGUGUCCUAUUAAAAUCGAGCUUGUCAAUGACAGUUGGACUAAUCUCCGGGGCCAAAUAGCAGGCUCUCUGGGCACACCAUACGAAGGGGGAAAGUUUCUUCUGGAAAUUAAUGUGCCUGAGACAUAUCCCUUCACUCCGUCAAAGGUUCGUUUUAUCACGCGCAUUUGGCACCCAAAUCUUUGUGCUGACACUGGCGCCAUUUGCCUGGACAUACUCAAGCAAAACUUGUCAGCGGCAAUGACGUUGCGUACUGUGUGUCUGUCCGUGCAGGCCUUGCUGGCAGCUGCCGAGCCCGAUGAUCCGUUGGCCAAAGAGGUGGCACACCAAUUUAAGGAACACUACGACAUGUUUCGGCUUACUGCAAAGCACUGGACUAACGCCUAUGCAGGUGGUCCCCUUAACAUUCCAGACUGUGAUGCAAGUAUACAACGUCUCAGGGACAUGGGUGUCGACGAGCAUGAAGCGCGCCGCGUCCUCUCUGUCGAAAAUUGGAACUUGAAAAAUGCCACCGAGAGUGCCUGCUAG